AUGGACAUUCCGAGAACAUUGUCAGACGCGCGUGCUGCUUUCUGGCGGGCAGAAUUCCAGGACGACGAUCGAAAUACCCUGAAUGCUGAGCUGGCAGCCAAUGUCCAACGCGAGCUUCGAUUCCCCAAUUUUCAAUCCAACGAGGACGACACCGACUCCAUAUUCGAAGAGGACCAACAACCCGACUACCCAGUAGAGCGCCGCCAAAGCUAUUACCGCCGCAGCGGCCCGUAUCCAGACCCUCCCGAGCGUGGCUACAUGCAGCGCUCCAGUGCUUUCUCUAUAGAUUCCACAGUCGAAGAGGUGUCCAUCCCAGAGUGGUACCCAAGAGGCGAUGCAACCGUAACGUAUCCCAGCUCCGAUGGUGAAAUGGAGUCAAUCUCAGGUCUGAGUCCGUGGAUCAUUGAGGAGAGGUGCCCGCUGCUCGCACAGGCUUUCGAGCCUUCCAGGAACGGACCACGCCUGCAUUUGGAGGCCUUGGACUCGGUCACUGCCAUGCCGUUCUUGCGAUACCUCCACACCGGCUCCUACGCGCUUGAUUGCGCUGGCGGAGAUUUGUACGAGGACGUUCCUACUUCGCUACUAUUGCACUGCCAACUGUAUCGUCUGGGCGACAUUUACGACAUACCGGACCUGAAGCAGCAAGCCAAUGUGAAUGUCACACGUCAGUGUGAAUUCGGGUGCUGCUCUGCGGACAAGCCUAUCGACCUCUGUUACGCGAUCAGGUUCCUGUAUAAGCACCUACCAGAACAUAGCGGUCUGAUUGAGACUGUGAUCUGCUACUGCGUAAGCUGUUUCUUGCGCCAUGAUCUUGCCAACGACUUUGAGUUCCGUAGGUUAGCUUACAGCCUGAGACCUUUCCACCAAGACCUGGCCAAGGAGAGCAUGAAGAGGGAGUUCGAAGACGGCAGUGAGUGACCUCCCGCCAAAAUGAUCCAAGAUGAACGCUGACUUCUCUCUGCCACAGCCGCCGCUGCGAUCAUUCGAAUGCCCUUCAAGGCAUACAUACCAGAAACCUAUGCGUCUCGCGAAGAUAUAGACCCAAAACGCCUCCGGGAUGUGGUAUAUCACUUCCACGGCUGCGAAGACUUUGAGGGCGGGUCGAAGGAGAGGAAGCGGCCAGAGAUGGUCUCUCACGGGUCCAGAGCUGGAGGGCUCCUGCUGGCGUUGCGUACAAAGGCCCAAGACACAUUUGGAGGACUUACGCGGCAAGUUCCCGAAGAAGAGGAGGGCGUGCCGGAGACCAGCAAGAUGAUGGCUGCCGCUAGCGAAGAGAAGUCGGUCGAAGGAGAGGUGUCAGUCCAUGAAGACUCGAGCGAAGAUGGACAGCCGGUUGCGAUCGAGGAACAUCCAUCUGAUGCGGAAUAUGAGGUGGUUUCUGCACCUACUGAACACCAGCUUAGCGUGGAAAGCGAUUCGGAGACGGAAGGCCUUGUCGCUAUACGCCCGAUAUCACCGGCACUGCCCGAUUCUGUCUCGAAGGGCCCAGAGCGAGCGAUGCCGAUUCGACAACGCGAAAGUAGAAGAGGGCUCUUCGUAACCAACCCUGGACCAAACGGCAGCGACAGCGACAGCGACUCUGAAUGGACUGUAGUCUAG